CCCACCCCACCAACAACAACCAACAUUUUAACACUAAACUAAGUUCACUCAAUCUCACAAUUCCCAUUAAUUCAAUUCAAUCUUUGAGAAAUAUUAUCAUCAUGAAUUCAAGAAACCACCUUGCUUUCUUGCUGAUCUUUUUCACCACCAUCAUAUUCCACCCUUAUACGACGUCGUCGUCGUCUUCAUCCACCACCUUCCACUUCCCCACUCUCUCUCUCCAAAACCUCUCUCUCCUCGGCGACUCCUACCUCCGAAACGGCGUCGUCGGCCUCACCCGCGACACCGGCGUCCCCUCCUCCUCCUCCGGCACCGUCAUCUUCACCUCCCCCAUCACCUUCCUCAACCCCACCACCAACUCCACCGCCUCUUUCUCGACCAAAUUCACAUUCUCCAUCCAAAACCCCAAAGGAAUAUCCUCCUCCGGUGACGGAAUAUCCUUCUUCCUCUCCCCCAACAACCACUCUCUCGGCUCCCCCGGUGGCUUUCUCGGCCUGGUCAACUCCACCCAGUUGACCAAAAACAAAUUCAUUGCUAUCGAAUUCGAUACCCGACUUGACACCCAUUUCAACGACCCGAAUGAUAACCAUGUCGGGUUGGAUAUUAACAGUUUGAAUUCGAUUAAAACCGCUGAUUGUUCGUUAAUUGGGAUUGAUUUGAAAAGCGGGAGUUAUAUUACUGCUUGGAUUGAUUACUGGCAUGAUGGGAACAAUCUGAAGGUCUUUUUAUCUGAAUCCGAAUCGAAUAAGAAACCGAUUUACCCGAUUUUGGAUGUGGAUAUUGAUCUAUCGUUGUAUUUUCAAGAAGUUAUGUAUUUGGGGUUUUCGGGUUCGACUGAAGGGAGUACAGAGAAACAUUUUGUUACGAAUUGGAGCUUCACUUCGUUCGGGAUUCGACACCCGAAACCGCGGAUUGGGAACCCGCAUAAUGUGAGUGACGAUACGGUUGCGAAGAAUCCGGCGAUUGAGGUCCCGAACAAUGUUGGUGAUCGGAAUAAGAAGCAUAAGAAGAUCGGGUUGGCGGUUGGGGUUCUCGGGCCAGUUUUUUUCUGUUCGGUUUUAGUCGUUUUCGGUUAUGUUUCGGUUAAGAAAUGGCGGGAAAGCAAGAUGGAUAUGAAUAUUCAAGCGGAGUUGUUAACUGGGCCGAAACAGUUUAGUUACAAGGAGUUGAAAGUGGCUACUAAUGGGUUUCAUUCGGGUCGGAUUAUCGGGCAUGGGGCUUUCGGGUCGGUUUAUAAAGCAGUUUUUGUGUCGUCGGGUGCCACGGCUGCGGUGAAAAGGUCUAAGCAUUCACAUGAAGGGAAGACGGAGUUUUUAGCUGAGUUGUCGAUUAUCGCGUGUUUGAGGCAUAAGAAUCUUGUCCCGCUUCAAGGAUGGUGUGUCGAAAAAGGCGAGUUGUUGUUGGUUUAUGAGUAUAUGCCUUAUGGGAGUGUUGAUAAGGUGUUGUAUCAAGAGUCUGGCCAUUGGGGGUUCUUGAAAUGGAACCAUAGGUAUAAUAUCGCGGUCGGGUUGGCUUCGGUUUUGGCUUACCUUCAUCAAGAAUGCGAGCAACAAGUGAUCCAUCGCGAUAUUAAAGCGAGUAAUGUGAUGCUCGAUGCGAAUUUCAAUGCUCGGUUAGGUGAUUUCGGGCUGGCCCGGAUCAUGGACCAUGAUAAAAGCCCGGUCUCCACACUAACCGCGGGGACCAUGGGCUAUUUAGCGCCCGAGUAUCUUCAAUAUGGGAAAGCAACUGAUAAAACCGAUGUUUUCAGCUACGGUGUGGUGGUGCUAGAACUGUGUUGUGGGAGGAGACCAAUUGAGAGGGAGCCAGGGGGUCAUAAGAUGAUCAAUUUGGUGGAUUGGGUAUGGGAGUUGCACUCGAAAGGUGCCAUUUGUGACGCGGUUGACAAGCGGUUGAACAAAGAGUUUGAUCCGGACGAGGUUAGGAAGCUUUUGUUGGUCGGAUUGAGUUGUGCGAAUCCCGACAGUGAAAAGAGGCCGUCAAUGAGGAGAGUGUUGCAGAUCUUAAACAACGAGUCGGAUGAAAUCGCGGUGCCUAAGAUGAAACCGACUUUGAGUUUCUCGAAUAGCUUACCGUUGAGUAUAGAGGAUAUCAUCGUGUCUUCUUUGGAUGAUGAUGAAGAAGAUGCAAGUGCGAAGGCGAGUACGAAUGCGAAUCUUACAGUGCCUGUAAUCAGGAUAGAUGGUUGAUCUCGAGUGUAGUUGAAUACUAUUUCCAUUGUUUGAUUGUUUUGUUUGUUGGAAGGUGUAUAUAAAUAUUUGUUAACCAUGUAUACUACUAUAACUCAAUAAA